GCCCUGUCACGUGCCUUUUCCUUUUGACGUGAAAACAAAAAACAGCUGUACAGCUCAAGAUGGCCGCCGCGACGGUAGCGGGGCUCGACCCGCACACGAUGGAGCAGAAGAAGUUUGAAUACUUCUCCUCCAUCAACCCCAUGGCCAAGAAGAUAAUGCAGGAGAGGGAGAAAAUCAAAACCAAACAUGGGUCGACGUGGGACAAAAUGACUCCGGAAGAGCAGGACAGCGCUAUAGACAACUGGAUGAUCGACCCGCACAUCCGAGCCAGAUACGCGAUGCACCGGGUGGAGCGCGAGGAGGUGAUCUGUUACCCCAAACUACUCAUCCAGACGGGCCAGAAGAUAGUCCACUUUGGAGACGAGGAUAUUACCUGGCAAGAUGAGCAUUCUGCACCCUUCUCGUGGGAAACCAAGAGCCAGCUGGAGUUUAGCUUGGUCCCCGGUUCUGCAGAGCAGGGGAUUUCUGCCUCACAAGCAGAUUCAAAGGCUUUAAAGGGACAGACAACCAAAACAACUACAGUUAAUAAGGUGAAUGCCACUGAAAGCAGAAGGCCAGAGGAGGAGUCGUCUUUCUGGAAGAUCAGUGCGGAGAGGUCCAAGUUGGAGGGAGAAAAAGCUAAUUUCCAGUCUCUCACUCCGAGUCAAAUCAAAUCACUGGAAAAAGGAGAGAAACCACUUCCUUCAUAUCUACGACAGGAGACGUCUGUUACAAAGGAGCUUGAGCCAGUGGCAGAGCACCACCACCCUCCUCCUCCUCCUCCUCCAGCCCCGGUGAAACCCAUCAAACAGCGGGCCCCUAAACCCCCUGCCCCUCAGCCUCCUGUCGUUGUCAGUGCCCCACCCGCGUCCAUCUCCAUCUCCACCAAUCCCGUGCCUCCGGUCAGCGUCUCGUCCUCGGUGGCCGGGUGGGAGCGGUCCCAGAGCACGCUGCCUUCAGUCAGCAACUCUUCAGAUGAGGUGUUCUCCUCUAGCCUCCUGUCCAAGUCUCCUUCCAUUUCCACCAGCGCUGAGAAGGACAAGCAGGAAGAGCCCAUAGCAGAUGUAGGCAGCAGUCCAACAUUCUCCCAGUUCAACACAAGCAGCUCGAUCCUGAAGACGGGAUUCGACUUUCUUGACAACUGGUAAAAGUCGGCCACAACCAGACCCCUUUCCUAAUCUAUUAUCCUCGGUAUGACUUUGAAGAAGGACCACACUGCCAUGACACUACGCAACUCAAACUGUUCCCACCUGUAUCCAAGCAAUAUCAAUUAUGUAUGUAUUUGUGUAGAAGAAAAACUCUAGUGACUUGUUUAGACCUGGUGUCUCAAAAUUAUGCUCCUAAUACUCUUUUCCUUAUUUAAUCAACCUUUGAUAUACAUGUAUUAAAUAAAUUGCCUUGAUUCAGGUGAGAUUCUUUGGGAUAUGAACAAAAUUUGCAUCUACUAAGCUUUCUAACUUGAUGUUGCAAGUUAUGGUAUGUUUUGUAGUAUUUCUAACUAGUAGUAGAACAAGGAGUAAUCAGAAGUGUUAUGUAGCUGCAGCGGUUCUUGCUGUAAUUGAAGCUUUAAUAGAGAAAGCGCAGAUUUGGCAACUUGUGAACACCCGUUUUAUCAACCAUAAGCAGUGUGUAUGAAAAUGUAUCUUGUUUUUACAUUGAGAAUCCAAAUCACUACAUGAACGUAAUCUCAUCUCUUACAAUAUCUGUAUGGCUAGAUAAUAUGAAUAUAGAAAUCAAGACAAUCGAAUGAACAGUUUAUACAACACUCUAUAAAGUGACAUAGUUUAGACUGGUCUGAGUAUUUCAGAAUCUGCAUUGUGUUUACUAAGCAUUAUUAUAUCUAAUAAUGUCGCUCAGAGGAACAUCAGAUCUAUUUAGCUUUCUAUCCCUCUUCUCAGCUUAAUUAUGUUUUUUUUUACUGUACUGAACAGUUAUGAUUGUUGCAGGGGGAGACUUGAACGCAACGCGAACAGGCUGACUUAUUUUAUACUCACCAUUGCUUUUUGUUACAGUUUAUUUAACCCUGCAUUUAUUUUUGUAACUAUUACUAUAGAAUCUAUUAUCAUAUAUUUUGAGUCAAACGUACUCACUCUGCUACAUUUUUGUUACAAACACUUUUAAAAGGUGAAGGGAAGUAUCAUAUCAGUAAGUGAUACAACACCACUUGUAGGUUCCACUUGGUUUGAUGCACCUUUAUAGUGUAUUUGGGGAGUCAUUUGACAUGUCCACCAUCACCAGUCCCCUUCACCUUUGACCCCCACAUAAGUAUGAUGCAGAUAGUGAACAUUGUGAUUCAGGACCGGCAUGUUGUGACUUGUACCACUCGUGUCAUAGAGAACUAUUUUACUGACUUUUAUAUUUGUCCUCUUACUAUAUCAUAUGCUUUACAUGUAGUACAUGUAGAUGGCACUUGUGGUGUUUUGAGGGUGCAUAAAUAUAAAUAAAAGUCAAAGUAUAUUUUGUCUGUCAA